AUGGCGUCGUCACCAAAAUUCAGCUUGGUUCUUAAACUGUCUUCUAACUGGUUCGUGGGCGGCGUUCCAGCUGGAAUUGAAGGCCUAAAAGGUCUAAAAGAACUUCAGCUAGCUGGACUGUUCACAAAUGGCUCAUUCGCUCCAGAGAUUGGCAACCUCCUGAAUCUUGAAGUUCUUGUUCUUAGCCAGAAUAGUUUCUCACCACAGGAAAUCCCGCCAAGUUUUACCCAGUUGAAGAAACUGAGACACCUCUGGAUGAAAGAGGCCAACUUGAUUGGCAAAAUCCCGGAAAAUAUCAGCAGCAUGGAAGCACUAGAGUACCUGGAUUUAUGCAAAAAUGACUUGAGUGGAAACAUUCCAAGUGACUUCUUCCUGCUCAAGAAUUUGACCACGGUUUUCCUCUACACAAACAGAUUGUCUGGGCCUGUUCCCCGUCCAGUUAUGGCAUUGAAUUUGAAUGUUAUUGAUUUUUCUAAUAACAGCUUGACGGGGAGCAUUCCAGAAGACAUCGGAAAGAUGGUAAAGUUGGAAAAUUUGGCCUUGUUCAUGAAUCAAUUAUCAGGGAAAAUACCAGUAGGCAUAGGUAGACUGCCAGCACUGUCUUCUAUUGAACUCUUCAUGAAUAAUCUGUCAGGUGAACUUCCGCCAGAUUUAGGUCGAUUUUCGAAGCUUAAAGUUUUUGAUGUCUCCAAAAACCAUCUUACAGGAUCACUACCAGAUGGUUUGUGUUAUAAUAAGGUAUUGUAUGGCAUUUAUGCUUUUGACAACAAUCUCACGGGUGAGUUACCAAAAUCACUUGAGGAUUGCAACACCAUGAGUGGAGUCAGGGUUGAGAGAAACAAUCUUUCCGGUACAAUUCCUGAUGGUCUAUGGACAAUUGGGCCUUUGACAGAGUUGCUGAUUAACAAUAACCAGUUCACUGGUCAGCUGCCACAAAAGGUGGCAUCAAAUUUAUCUCUAGUUGAUAUCAGCAACAACCGAUUUUCGGGUGAAAUUUCUGAAGGUUUAUGGACGGCUGAGAAUUUGGAAGUGUUGCAGAUUAACAAUAACCAGUUCACUGAAGCACUUUUCGAACUCACCAAACAUCUCUCAUCACUGGACUUCAUCAUCAGACCACUGUACCUGGCUGGGAAUCACCUGCCGGAAUGGCGUCGUCACCAAAAUUCAGCUUGGUGCCCUAAUCAUCAACGACACAAUCCCCCCUUCAUCUGCGACCUGAAAAAUCUCACUCAUCUUGAUCUCAACAACAACAAUAUCCCUGGAUCAUUUCCUACAUUUCUGUACAAUUGUUCCAAUCUUGAAUACUUGGACCUUUCUUUUAACAACCUCAGUGGCAUCAUCCCUGAUGAUAUUAGCCUGCUUUUUCCUCGACUACAGGUUCUUAAACUGUCUUCUAACUGGUUCGUGGGCGGCGUUCCAGCUGGAAUUGAAGGCCUAAAAGGUCUAAAAGAACUUCAGCUAGCUGGACUGUUCACAAAUGGCUCAUUCGCUCCAGAGAUUGGCAACCUCCUGAAUCUUGAAGUUCUUGUUCUUAGCCAGAAUAGUUUCUCACCACAGGAAAUCCCGCCAAGUUUUACCCAGUUGAAGAAACUGAGACACCUCUGGAUGAAAGAGGCCAACUUGAUUGGCAAAAUCCCGGAAAAUAUCAGCAGCAUGGAAGCACUAGAGUACCUGGAUUUAUGCAAAAAUGACUUGAGUGGAAACAUUCCAAGUGACUUCUUCCUGCUCAAGAAUUUGACCACGGUUUUCCUCUACACAAACAGAUUGUCUGGGCCUGUUCCCCGUCCAGUUAUGGCAUUGAAUUUGAAUGUUAUUGAUUUUUCUAAUAACAGCUUGACGGGGAGCAUUCCAGAAGACAUCGGAAAGAUGGUAAAGUUGGAAAAUUUGGCCUUGUUCAUGAAUCAAUUAUCAGGGAAAAUACCAGUAGGCAUAGGUAGACUGCCAGCACUGUCUUCUAUUGAACUCUUCAUGAAUAAUCUGUCAGGUGAACUUCCGCCAGAUUUAGGUCGAUUUUCGAAGCUUAAAGUUUUUGAUGUCUCCAAAAACCAUCUUACAGGAUCACUACCAGAUGGUUUGUGUUAUAAUAAGGUAUUGUAUGGCAUUUAUGCUUUUGACAACAAUCUCACGGGUGAGUUACCAAAAUCACUUGAGGAUUGCAACACCAUGAGUGGAGUCAGGGUUGAGAGAAACAAUCUUUCCGGUACAAUUCCUGAUGGUCUAUGGACAAUUGGGCCUUUGACAGAGUUGCUGAUUAACAAUAACCAGUUCACUGGUCAGCUGCCACAAAAGGUGGCAUCAAAUUUAUCUCUAGUUGAUAUCAGCAACAACCGAUUUUCGGGUGAAAUUUCUGAAGGUUUAUGGACGGCUGAGAAUUUGGAAGUGUUGCAGAUUAACAAUAACCAGUUCACUGGUCAGCUGCCACAAAAGAUGGCAUCAAAUUUAUAUAUUGUUGAUAUUAGCACACAAAAGAUGGCAUCAAAUUUAUAUAUUGUUGAUAUUAGCAACAACCGAUUUUCUGGUGAAAUUCCUGAUGGUGUUUGGACAUCUGGGCAAUUGAAAUGGUUGUUUAUUAAGAAUAACCAGUUCACUGGGCAAUUGAAAUGGUUGUUUAUUAAGAAUAACCAGUUCACUGGUCAGCUGCCAAAAAUGUUUAUUAAGAAUAACCAGUUCACUGGUCAGCUGCCAAAAAACAUUACAUCAAAUUUAUCUAUACUUGAUAUUAGUAACAACCAAUUUUUUGGUGAAAUUCCUCCGGCAAUCUCUUCUUGGAGCAAUCUGUAUUUCUUCAGUGCAAGCAAUAAUCUCUUAACAGGUCAAAUUCCUCAUGAACUCACUGCCCUUAGAUCUUUAUCAGUCCUUAGGCUUGAUGGGAAUAAGCUUUCUGGAAAUUUUCCUUCAAAUAUUAUAUCUUGGGAGUCACUGUCCACAUUGACAUGCAGCAGAAAUCAACUUUCAGGUACAAUCCCUCCAGCACUAAGUCUUUUGUAUCUUAAUCAGCUAGACCUCUCUGAAAACCAAUUCUCUGGAGAAAUCCCACCUGAAAUAGGUCAUUUGGUUGUAAAUUCACUUAAUCUGUCCUCCAAUCAUCUCUCGGGGAAAAUUCCAGAUGAAUUUGAAGUUGUGUCUUUUCGAAAGAGCUUCUUGAACAAUCCUGGUCUCUGUGCUACUACGCCCUCAUUAGGCCUCAGGGAUUGUAGAGAAAAAACUGAGAAAUCCAAACUUAUUGCCAUUAUUGGAAGUAUAGUAGCUCUUUUGUUUCUAGUGGUCAUUCUAUAUAUGGUGCAUGUGUUCAAGAUUAGAAGAUUGGAAUAA